GCUGCGCGGGCAUGGAGGGAGGAGGACCGCGGGAGCACCGUGACCGUGACUCCUGCUGCCCCGCUGCACGGAUCUCUACCGCGUUUCGGCGCAUGACAGCGGCCCGGCAGAACGCCGAGUCCGGGGAGAAGCGUUCCACGGUCUGUCGGUGCUGACCGGACACAUUUCUAGAAUUCCACCGCCGUGUUCAGGCAGCGUUCCGGCUGCGGCUGUCAGCCCCACCGACGUCCUUCUUGACGCGGGAGGCGCUUUCACGGUACUCCCGGUGGAGAGCUUGAUGCAAUCGACCCAUUAAAGACAAAGCUAAGAAUCCUCUGUUAUCCACCCAGACCCUUGCAGAUUACUGCAAGAAAUCCAAAAACGAAAGGCGUAUUUGUGCUUGAAUCCUGCAGAUCUCCCAUCAGUCUUUGUGUAAUCCUUACUUUGGCUGACCACUUUCCAGAGAAACAGAACAGGAAGAAGUUUGCUUCUUAUCUGCUUUUGUUUUUUCUGUCUUUGCCUCAGGGAUUUCCUCCUCAUGUCUACCUCUUCAGUCAAACACCCAAAUACAUCUUGCAUUCAUAACAAAAGCACACUCAACCUUUCACUCUUGUUUCCGUGGCAACCAGCAUUACAUUUCAAGCCCUUCUUAGUGAUGACCAGCACUAACCUUGGACCUCAAACCACCUGCCGGCUCUCACUUGCGUGCUUCAUAAAUAAUACUAAUCCGCAAUGGCCUUAAGCAGAGGCUGGUGCGUCUCCAGGAAGGAGGAAAGCAGCUCCUCAGUUUUCUGCACCUCCGUUUUACCAGCGUUUAUCCAGACAAGCGACGGCAAUCUAUAAGCUAUAGCAUUCUUUCUGACUUAGAGUUGGACUUUCCCUGCUGCAAACAGGUGUUGCUCUCCAUCUGAUCAAGACUUGCAUAAAACUGUCUAAAACUAAAGCAGCAGUCGUUGGAGGAGGCCACUUUGGAAUAUCACUGGGUAGGAACUCAUUGGUUCCACACUAACGGCGGAUCUAUCUCCAGCCUUGAUAUUUAAGCCGUAGCAGGAUUUUGCUUCUCACACCAUAAACCUCUACUAAAGCCUCUCAAGGAUCUAAAGAACUUGAAGCAAGCAAAAAAGGACUUUCUGACAGAGCACAACACAAGGUUCCCAUUGGCAGAGAAGGACAAAGGGUCAGCAACGAAGAAUGCAAUGCUCGCCGUCCUUGCCAACAUGCUCCUUCCAUUCAGGUCAAGCACACACACGGAUGAUUGGCUGCUGAAGAUGCUGCCAGCAGAUGCUGAGCCGGCUGACGCAUCAGGGACCGCCUUCUUGUCCUGAGACUGGCCCCUGGACAGGACUGAGGCUGAAUGGAGCCAAUGUUCAACAAGCAGGACAGCUACUCAUCUGAGGGGGAUGAAAAAGGGUGGCCAGAUGUGCCAAAGAGGAAGAGGAAGAACAGCCAGUGUUCUGUGAAGAGCAUGUCUGCUCUUAGCAUCUCUGUUCCAGGGUACAUCCCCAGUUACCUGGAGAAAGAUGAGCCAUGUGUGGUGUGUGGAGACAAGGCCACCGGGUACCACUACCGCUGCAUCACCUGUGAAGGUUGCAAGGGAUUUUUCCGCCGGACAAUCCAGAAGAAUCUCCACCCAUCUUACUCCUGUAAAUAUGACGGCUGCUGCAUCAUCGACAAGAUCACUCGCAACCAAUGCCAGCUGUGCAGAUUCAAGAAGUGCAUCAGCGUGGGCAUGGCCAUGGACUUGGUGUUGGAUGAGAGCAAGCGCGUGGCCAAGCGGCGCCUGAUAGAGGAGAACCGAGAGCGCAGGAAGAGGGAGGAGAUGGUGCGGACGCUGCAGAUGAGACCGGAGCCGGACAGUGCGGAGUGGGAGCUCAUCAGGAUGGUGACGGAGGCGCACCGGCACACCAACGCCCAGGGGUCCUGCUGGAAACAGAAACGCAAGUUCCUGCCGGACGACAUUGGUCAGGGUCCAAUGGCGCCCACCGCAGAUGGAGAUAAGGUUGACAUUGAGGCCUUCAGUGAAUUCACCAAGAUCAUGACCCCUGCCAUUACCCGAGUUGUUGACUUUGCCAAGAAACUGCCCAUGUUUUCAGGGCUGCCUUGUGAAGAUCAGAUCAUCCUGCUGAAAGGCUGCUGCAUGGAGAUCAUGUCCCUGCGCGCUGCCGUUCGCUACGAUCCAGAAAGCGAGACGCUGACUCUCAGCGGCGAGAUGGCGGUGAAGCGCGAGCAGCUAAAGAACGGGGGCCUGGGGGUUGUGUCGGACGCCAUCUUUGAUUUGGGCAAGAGUCUGGCACAGUUCAACCUGGAUGACUCGGAAGUGGCGCUGAUGCAGGCUGUGCUGCUCAUGAGCUCGGACCGUUCAGGGCUGACCAGUGUGGAGAAAAUCGAACAGUGUCAAGAAGCGUACCUGCUGGCGUUUGAGCACUACAUUAACUACCGUAAGCACAACAUUCCCCACUUCUGGCCCAAACUGCUGAUGAAGGUGACGGACCUGCGCAUGAUCGGCGCCUGCCAUGCCAGCCGCUUCCUCCACAUGAAGGUGGAGUGCCCCAACGAACUCUUCCCUCCGCUCUUCUUAGAAGUAUUUGAAGACCAGGAAGUGUGACCAACACCUUCUGGGACCGGAGGGGGAUUCUGGGUGAUGGACAACAAAGUUUGACUUUUGUUAGCAUCAGUUGGAACACGCCCUUCAAACUUUUGUUUGUUUGUUUGUUUGUUUUUUUCUGACAAACCAACGACCAAUAGUCCACCACCAGCGAACACUCAUCCUUGUGCUGCAACAGAAACAAAAUCUAGUUAAAAAAACCAAUCACAGGUACAGUAUUUCUAUAUGCAAACACAAAUCUCCUCAUGCAAAUGGACAGGGCUUCAUUUGAGUAGUUGCUCAUCUGCCUGCCACCUCCGAAAACUGGCUUCUUGUUGUUUUUGUCCUUCUUUCUGUGCUUGUUUGACUCUCAACCAUCCCUCCAGAUGUUUCCCCUCCUUAGUUUCUCCUAAACCCAUGAGCACACAAAAACCUUCCUUUAGUUUGUUUGUCGUGUGCACACAGACACACCAAUCCAUCCGCUGCACUGUUACCUCAGGCCUCCCUGGAAAUCUUUCCAUAUUUAUUUCUUGGGUUUUUAGAAAAGAUGAAGACUAUUAUUUGUAAAUAGAUGUUUUAUAGCUUCAGUGAUAGGACACCGUUAUUGUCUUUCUAAGGGUGCAAGAUGUCAUGAACGUCAAAGUGCGUUCUACAGUUAGUGUUUAAAGAGAGAAGUUGCAACACAUUUUCAUGACACAAUAGCAUGUAUGUACGCAUAGAUAGGUUUCCAUUAAACAGAUCCUAAUAGGAAAUCAAUGGUAAACAGUCAAAGAAGAAAGAAACACUCAUUAGUUUUCAAAUUCUCACAGUUUUUAAUGUUUAGACUUUUUCCAAACAGAAAUCGUGUUACUUUGGUGAUGCUUUACUUGCCCCUUUUAGACAUAGAAGUGUUGGAGAAAAAAACGUUUUUGUUAUAACGAUGUUUUGCUUUGUGAACUUAAAUUAAGCACUGUAAAAAAUAGUUUCUGUAAUUCCACUGUGGGGGUCAGAUUCUCAUUUGGAACCAAGACAUAUGCUGGUUCUUGAUCAUAAGAGUCACCACCAGCUCUGGAUCAGAUCCUGACAGCUAAAUAUGUUUCAUAUCACACGUACGCAGACACUAAACUAUAUUGAACUCUCUGGCCAAACAUCCACGGCUCCCGUGGACACCGUUGCUGCUAACUGAAAAGCAACAGAAAAACGAACGUUUGGAGUCUUUCUUGUCCAUCAGUUUCCUGUUUACUUGAGGUGCUGCAGCAGAAUCCCGUUUGUGUUGAUGAGCCCCACACGGCACCCUGUCGAUCAGGAACCUGACCAUUUUUUUAAGGAGGCUUUGCAUAGGCGUGACCUCAGGGAGCUGACCUCUCAGCCUCCAUUUAGCAGGAAUAGAAGCGUAUUUAAACAUGAAUCCUCACUUUGCUGUGAUGUGUUGCUCGGUAAAUAGGAGGACCCCGAUGUGGCAGACAAAUUAACUGCUUGAUGAUGUCACCCUCGUACUCGUGCAUCUCAAACGUUUGGUCAAAAUUCAAGCUAAUGUUUUUUUUGGGGGGAAAUAGCAGCAAAAGGUUGCAGCUACAAAAUCAAAAGAUGCUGCUUCCCCUGAGUCUCAGUUUGCGGUGAUUACCCUGAACAGCUCUGUGGUCCUUCCUCUUCCUUCAGCCUUUUCACAGAAAGCACUUUUGUGUCCAAAACUAAGACGAAUCUUUCACACCUGUGUACACGUAGCUGGAAUACCUCUCCGACACGUACCUCCUGCGUCAUUACCUCACACAAACCCAUGCGGUUGUUGUCUGAUGUUUUCCUGUGUGUUCCUGGUUCUGGUGCUGGUCUCUCUGCUCCGGUGGCAUCCCUCCCUCCCCGCCUGCUUGUUCCUCAGUCCCUCAGGCCGUCUGGUUGAGAGGAGGCGUGUCACUUACCUCUGUACAAACCUUCAACAGAUUCUACCUCACGUCUCAUCUUUGUGCAGCCGCCCCUCUGUCUGCAAUAUUCGGAUAUUUCGUCUGCACACUAACGGAUCGUUGUGGAACUUCUCCGUGUGCAUCUCCAGCAACAGCGUCCAGCACAUCACUUUGAUUCCUGUUUUUACUUAAGAACCAGAGCUCUGAGCGCUGUCAGGCAGAGACAUUUCUGCGCUGAAUGAGCUCCAAACCUUUGUGGGGACAGAGACAGCAGGGAGCUGAGGGUCUGUUCAAAGCCAUGUCGGCCCGAUUGGGCCAAAAUUCUUGUGGGUGGGCGGUGGGCACGUUAAGGAAAACAACGCGCUGUUACCCAGCAGGGAUGAGGGAAGUGUGACUGUGGCGGCAUGACUCAGGACUUACCGCCAUAAAAAUCUGUUUAAAAUAAAUGGACCCAUUCUUCCCUCGGAACUGCAGAGAAACACGGACAAGGCAUCGCAAAAUUGUUGUGCAACUGAAAGUGAAAUAUCUCCACCAGCCAUAUCCCCACAUCCCACUCUCUACGAAGUGAAUCAGGUUUUUUUUUUCUUUGCACUGAAACCACAAUGUCUGUAUUGCUGCGCAGCUCCAUCCUCUCCCAGUUCCUGUCUAACUCUGGUGUGGAGCCACAGUCCGUUAGCUCAAACUAUUGAUUCUCUCCUCAAAGCCACCAGGACUGCAGCAUGGCCUUCAGGCGUCACCGCUUUCAGUGUAACUAAUCUAUGUCAAUGAUUAAACAGGGACACACACACACACAUGAGAGGAUUGAACUGUGUGGGUUCACAGCUUCUGUCUGUCUGCACUCUUUCCAUAUCACUGUGAAUGAAAGCGCCGUGAUGAUUCAGAUGUUUGUUUAUACCACCCCUAAGAGUUCAGGCACACAGCUAAUCGAACCAUCGCCGAGCGGCACCUCAGUGCCUCUGGGCAUGGACACAUGCAUUUGGCCUAAGACAAUCUCUUGAAGUUCAAGCCUUGGAAAUGGGAAGAAAGCCGAUAUAUUACCUUUGAACGUGAUUCUUUUGGUAGACCGGAGGAUUUGUCCCUUUUUUGUUGAAACGUCACCGUUUGCUGAGCUAACCUCACGAGCAGAGACGCGUUUCUGUUUGCUGUUGUUUAUCUGCAAACACAUGUCGGGGCUAAAAGUCAAUCACCCUGUGAACUCACCAACCCCGUUAAAGACCCACUCCAAUGAGAAUGUGUUUUUUAACGUGUCCUUGUGGCAUUUUUCUGAGAAGAUUAAGCUUAAAACUGCAUUUCUGAGUAUUUCAUUAUUUAAAUCACUGUGAAUCUGGAGAAGAUGGGAGAAAAAACGUUUUGAAAAUGAUUGUAUUUUGUGAUUAUCCACCUGCGACAUAGAUCCAUGAGCGUCUUUGUUUUCCUCGUCUGAGCUGGAAUCUGGAUCUAAACAGUCCGGCUGGAAAACUCUGCUAAUGGGGAGAGCGUGCAAACACAGCUCCCAGCAACGGCGAGGGGAAGUGGGGGCGACUUUGCUUUUCAAUGGUCCCGCCCACAACUCCUGCCGCUCUGCAGAAACAACGUCCUAGAAAACGACACAGGUUCUUAAAUUUUGGCAAAAACGGCAUGGCUGUAAUUAAAGACCACUAGGAACAGUUUGAAAAAAGAUUAUCGGAGUGGGACUUUAAGGACUUCAGAAUGAAGCCAUCAUUUUCUGUUUCGAUCAUAUUCAGAGUCCUUUCCAUCGCCUUUCCUCCUCAUUCUAAUGAUUAUCGGAACUUUAGCGGAUUGGCCUUGUUAUCGUGCGUUGAGCUGCUGUCAUGUGAUAAACUGAUUUACCUAUUUGUCCCAGUGAGCAGUUCAAUAGGUGUUCCAGAUGCAGCAAAGAGGUGUAUCUGUUUUCUAUAAAUGUAUUGUUGUCUGUAUAUAAGUCCAAGCUGGAGAGCUACAGUAUAGAUGUUUAAAUGUUACACAAGUGUAAGCCAAAGCCAAAAAUCCUCAGUUACAGAAACAGCUUAUGUGAUGAGAAGUUGUCCUUUUAUUCUCCUUUUCUAUCUGUAUUUAUGCAGUCAACAUGAUACGUUUCAAUGCCGCGUCACUGACAAAACUCUCCUUUCUGCUGUUGCUUGCAAACAUGUUAAUUAAAUUAUUUUACCUUUCUUUGUCCCUCCUAUUCGAGGUCCAUUUAAUGAUUUCCGAUUUAGAUUGAUUUUAUCAUUCAAACACCACCUAAGCAAUCUUUGAGGAGGUCCCACCAGCAGCUCAGAACAUGCAUCCUCCUCCCCAGACGCCAGCUCAGCUCGCUCAACAUUUUCUUCUCUGACUCCGUUUUAUUUUAAUUAUGCUUUCUCCUCCUUACUUUGUGUCACUUUUGUUCGUAGCCAAAGAGACGAAGAAACGGAACUUUCUCCGUCUUUUCUGCUCCGUGACCACACAACUGUGUCCUCUGUCGAUCUCUAAUUUCUGUUUACAGAAAAAGAAAAUGUGAACUUUGCACCGCUGCACCACUCAGUUCCAGAAGUCCAUGUUAGCUAUUGUUUGGGGUUGUCAGCAUCCGUUCUCCUUGUCCCCACACUUCAGUUUCCCUUUGCUCUUUUCCACGGUGAACUUCCUCCCUCCUGACCUCUGACCUCAGCCCUGUUUGGUGGAGAAACAUGACAAUCCCUGCUGAAUGUAAAAUACUGAAAAUGUAUGAAUAAAGACACAGGAUGAAAUCCAACAA